AUGGCGGCCUCUGCGACGCCUCAGUUCCCUUCUCCUAAUGGAGACUCAUCUAACAUGCCAAUCGCUGUUGUUGGCAUAGGUGCUCGUUUUUCAGGAACCGCUUCAGAUCCAGAAAAGUUUUGGGACCUGCUUGCCGAGUGUAGAAGCACCAGUACACCUGCACCCAAAGACAGAUUCAAUGCGGAUGCUUACUAUCACCCUGACUAUGAUCAUGCCGGCACUUGUGUGACACGGAAUGGUCAUUUUAUGACUUCAGAUAUUUCUGAGUUUGACGCUCCUUUCUUUUCCAUCACAGCGAAUGAAGCCAAGUCAAUGGACCCUCAGCAAAGGCUUGCCAUGGAGGUUGCGUAUGAAGCAUUUGAAAAUGCUGGAAUGCGUCUCGAAGACAUUAUUGGUUCGAACACCUCUGUCUACAUGGGGACGUGCACACAGGACUACUACGACCUGCUGCUUAAGGAUUCCGAACCAACAACCAUGCAUGCCGUGACUGGUAUCAGCAAGUCACUUUUAGCCUGUCGCUUGUCUUGGUUCUUCGAUUUCAGAGGUCCGGCCCUGACGAUCGAUACAGCAUGUUCGUCUGCUUUGGUUGGAGUUCACCUUGCCUGCCAGAGUUUACGUACUGGAGAGAGCCAGACGGCCCUUGUCGCUGGCACCAACUUGAUUUUUGCCAUAGACACCAUGGUCUCGAUGUCAGCUAUCCAUGCUCUCAGUCCAGAUGGCCAGUGCUACAGCUAUGACCACAAAGCGAAUGGUUACGCCAGAGGUGAUGGCAUUGCAGCACUUGUUCUUAAACCUCUUGAAACAGCUCUCAAAGAUGGUGAUGUUAUUCGUGGUGUAAUACGUGGUUCAGCCGUAAAUCAAGACGGUGGGGCUUCUGGUGUAACGCUUCCAGUUGCUGCAGCACAGGUAGACUUGGUCAACACGGCAUAUCGAAACGCCGACCUUCCCCAAGACCAGACCGCAUAUUUUGAGGGCCACGGAACAGGUACAGUUGCAGGUGAUCUACAAGAAACCACUGCAAUAGCAAAGACUAUUGGUCGAUACCGCUCCAAAGAGAGUCCACUCUAUAUUGGCUCCUCUAAGACGAAUAUUGGACACAUUGAAGGCGCAAGUGGACUGGCUGGGCUCAUCAAGGUCAUUUAUUCUCUGGAGAAGGGUAUGAUUGUUCCGAAUGUCGCAUUUGAGCAUCCACCGUCCUCGAUGUCGUUCGAUGAAUGGAACCUCAAAGUCGCGACAGAACUGGUACCUUGGCCACUCGAUGGAUUACGUCGUGCGAGCGUCAAUGGCUUCGGGUUUGGUGGAACAAAUGCCCAUGUCAUUGUCGAUGAUGCUUAUCACUUCCUGAAACAACAUGGUCUCAAAGGAAACCACAAUUGCGUGUACAGUGAUCCCAGCAGCUCACCUCAGUCUAAUGCCGACUCAGGAGUCGGUAUGGGAUCAUCCAUUGAUUUGUCUGAAGAAAGCCAGUUGCCAGAAAAAUUGGACGCCGGUUCAAGUAUCAAGCAGGGUGCCCUGAACACUCAGCCAAGACUACUUGUAUGGUCGUCGGGAGAGAAGAAGAGCCUCGACCGGACAUUCACAAACCUCGCCGAGUAUCUGAGCCAAAAGGCUGCUGCUAAUACCAAACCGGAAGUCAUCGAUAGGCUGGCGUUCACACUUGAAAAGCGAAGAAGUAUUUUCUCUUGGAGGACGUUCUCUAUUGUAUCGUCGUUUCAAGAUGCUGUGGCUCAGCUGACUGAGACUCUGGCAGUACCGGUCCGAGCCAAACAAUCACCAAAUGUUGCAUUUGUAUUUACUGGGCAGGGCGCGCAGUGGUUUGCUAUGGGUCGCGAGCUCCUCUCCUAUAAAGUCUUCUUUGAAAGCCUCUCAGCUUCAAAUCAGGUGCUGCAAUCUUUGAAUUGUCCCUGGUCUCUCUUGGAAGAGUUGGCCAAGGACGAAAAGCAUUCCAGAAUCAAUGAAACAGAUGUUAGUCAAGCCUGCUGCACGGCUUUGCAACUGGCCUUGAUUGAACUGCUACGCUCAUGGAAUGUCUUACCGAAAGUUGUCAUUGGCCACUCAAGCGGGGAGAUCGCUGCAGCGUAUGCUAAAGGUGCCAUCAGCCAUACUUACGCUAUGAAAGCAGCAUAUUACCGUGGAGUGGUUGCGUCGAAGCUGAGUGAAAAAAUUCCAGGCUUGAAAUUAGGUAUGCUUGCUGUUGGUCUUGGUGAAGGGCAGAUCGGACCUUACCUGGAGCGAGUCAAGGACAAAAUUACCGUCGCUUGCUACAACAGCUCAUCAAGCUUGACCCUGUCCGGUGAAAUAAGCAGCCUAGAGGUGAUCGAGGAAGCCUUAAAACUGGAGUCCAUAUUCGCUCGCAAACUGAAAGUGGACAUCGCUUACCACUCUAAUCAUCUCAAGCAAGUGUCCGACGAAUACCUUAGCUCCAUGGGUGAAGAGCAACCACUUUCGGAUGGAGAUGACGUUAUGAUGAUUUCGACUGUCACAGGCCUUCCUAUUACGAAUUCAAUGCUCACUCCAUCUUAUUGGGUGAGUAACUUGCUGUCGCCAGUGAAGUUCGAUCAAGGGAUGCGGACGCUUCUGAAGGGCCGACCCGCCAUUGACCUAUUGGUCGAGAUCGGACCACAUGGAGCACUUCAAGGGCCUUUGAAGCAGAUUCUGUCAGACGUAGGUCUUACGGUCCCUGCUAAUUCUCUGCUGCAUAGGAAACGUGAUGCAGCUAUUUCCACGUUGGAGGCCGUGGGUUCCCUUUGGCAGCAUGGCAUUACUGUCGACCUGAGCCUCGCAAACUUCCCAGACAGCACUCAGUACGAUGCAUCAACACCGUUGGUUGACCUCCCACCAUACGCAUGGAACCACGAAAACAGUUACUGGUGUGAAUCGUCCAUAUCACGAGACGUGCGUUUCCGAGAGAACCAGCGACAUCAUUUACUAGGUUGCCUUAUCCCUGGAAGUGUGCCGCACACCCCUCUCUGGAGAAAUAUAAUUCGGGUGUCGGAGAGCCCUUGGGUUCAGCAUCACAAGAUUCAGGGAACCAUUCUGUAUCCUGCCGCUGGCCUAAUCGUCAUGGGAAUCCAAGCCAUGUGGGAGUAUGCGGGACAUCCUGCUGACAUCGACGGAUUUGAACUCCGAGACAUCAAGAUUGGACGAGGUCUAGUUGUGCCUGACGAUGCCACUGGUGUCGAGACCAGUCUCCAACUCACGCCAGUUAAAGUUGGAACAGCAUCAAACAAGGUAGUUUGGCAUGAGUUCACUGUCUACUCGAGAUCAAGCAACGAUAUUUGGCAAGAACAUUGUUCAGGCUCGGUUCGCUUGAAACAUCAGCAGCAAGCAAAUGCGCUCUUCAACGACGAAGAUACUGUUGAGAUCAACCAAAUGAGACAAAGACAUGCAGAAAUUAAGUCACGUUGCACAAAGUCCGAGUAUCCACGACAAUUCUACGAAUCAUUGGCGACAAUGGGAUACCAGUAUGGAAGUGUCUUCCGGGGCCUCACUGAGAUCAAAAGUGGGUACAUGGAAAGUAGCUGUAUCGCCGAGGUUCCAGAUACAAGAGCCGUCAUGCCAUUUGACUAUGAACUACCGCAUAUCGUUCACCCUGCAUUCCUCGAUAGCAUUUUCCAUAUGCUGUUACCAUCUCUUAUGCCGGACGGCAUGCACAUGAGUACUGUGGGAGUCCCUACCUUUUUCGAAUAUAUGUACGUCAGUGCCGGUAUUAGCAGAACGCCAGGAGACAAGGUUGUUGGGUAUUCGGAGGCUAUACCUCCUCUCAGUAGAGAAACUCACGGCAAUCUGGUGGUAGCUGAUGCUGAGUUUACCAAGCCAGUUAUUAUCGUCAAUAACCUCACCUGCACGGCGGUGGCGUCGGCAGGCCAAUCAGAAAUGUGGUCUCGCAAGCUUGGUAGUAGGCUCGAGUGGAAGACAGAUGUCGAUGAGCUGAAGAAAAGUAUGCCACCUCUUGAAGUCAGCAGUACAACGACUGAACUUGUGGCAAGCAAUCCACAGGUCGCUGAAGAGCUUGAUUUUGCUGGUUUCACCUAUGCCAGACGAGUUCUGGAAGGCAUAGCGCCAGAACAAGUUGCCUCGCUAAAGGAACAUCAUAAACUAUUCUACCAGUACUGCCAACACAAUUAUGAGCUCGCUUCACAACAAAAGCUUCCUCUUCAAAGCAGCCGCCUCGACUGGAUGAAUCCUUCCAAGGAUGUGGAGCAGGAAAUAUUGACUCGUGUUGCAACAACCACCAAUGAUGGCCGAUUAUUGUGCCAUCAAGGCGAGCAUCUCGUCGACAUCCUUCUUGGGAAGAAGGAACCCCUAGAGAUCAUGAUGCAGGACAAUCUCCUUGAUGCGUAUCACGGCCAUCACCUUGGUUGGGAGAUUGCACACCAGUACUUGGCUGAAUAUGUGGAUCUACUGGCGCACAAGAACCCAGACUUGAAACUCCUCGAAAUUGGCGCUGGAACUGGCGGAACCACAUUUCCUAUACUACAGAAACUGGGUGGUGACAACGGCGAGUCGCCUCGCAUGCGCUCUUAUUGCUACACUGAUAUUACCACAGGCUUCUUUGAAGCUGCUGGUGAGAAGUUUGCGCCAUGGUCUGCCUAUCUCGACUUCCAGAAGCUGGACAUCGAACAGGACCCUACCGAGCAAGGAUUCGAGGCCAGCGGCUACGAUGUGAUCAUUGCUUCAAAUGUUCUCCAUGCAACCAGAUCAAUGGAUGAGACCAUCGGAAAUGUCAACAAACUACUCAAACCAGGUGGCAAGCUCAUCUUGUAUGAAAUCACCAACCCGCUUCAGAGAGUAUGCAUGAUUUUUGGCACACUGCCAGGAUGGUGGGCGGGUGCAAACGAAGGAAGGCGGCUAUCGCCCUGCUUUACAGAGAAACAGUGGGAUGAAUUGCUUCUCUCCAACGGCUUCAGUGGGAUUGAUGUCUCAGCACGUAGCAUGCCCAGAAACGAGGAGUAUAUGCAAAGUUUCAUGGCCUCGACCAAGAAUCUCAUCGAUUCUGAGAUGAAUCUUCCUGCGGAAGUGUUUAUCAUUCACCCCGAAAACUCCGAGUCAAACAAACAUUUGAGUCGGAAGUUGACAGAGGCUUUGCAAACAAUUGGUGUGCAGACAUCAUGUCAUACCUUGUAUGACGCUUUGAAUGUGGGUGUAGCGAAGAAGUUUUGUAUCUUUGCAUUGGAGGCACAGAACCCAUGGCUUGAUGAUGUUGAUGCAGAAGCGUUUAAGAAUUUGCAAGACUUGAUAAUUCGAUCUCGACGGCUUUUGUGGCUCACAAAGGGUGCAACAGAUGGUCAAUCGCCAGCUUCAAGUCUCAUCACUGGGCUUAGUCGAACAAUACGAGCCGAGAACCCUGGGCUCAUCCUCACCACUCUCGAUCUUGAUCCGUGCUGGAGCUGUGAUGAUGAGCGCAACAUCGAGGCAAUUCUCAGAGUAUUCCAAAUUUCUUGCGAAGACAAGGUGGAAUCGGACCCGGAUUGGGAGUAUUCUAUUCGAAAUGGAGUACUACAUAUCCCAAGGUACAUCGAAGAUAUGCCCACUGACAAUAUGCUCCAAGCCAUGACAACUCAAUGCGAGCCAGUUCUUGGUCCUCUGAAGCAACAAGGGCGUGCUUUAAAGCUUGAGAUGGGAGCACCAGGGAUGCUCAGCACAUUUAGAUUCGCCUCAGACAAGAUAUCAGCCGAUCCGCUGGCAGAAGACGAAAUAGAGAUCGAGGUCAAGGCCACCGGUCUGACCCCAAGAGAUGUCCUCAUUGCCACUGGUCAAGCAUCACUUGAUGAGCUAGGGUCUGAGUGUAGUGGAGUCAUCACCAAGGUCGGCACCUCUGUCGAAAAGUUCAAGCCUGGUCAGAGGGUUGUAACAUGGCAACGCCGUGAGGGAUGCCUGCGGACCCAUCUUCGAGCACCAGAAUCUUUCGUCUUUGAGUUGCCUGACAACUGCUCAUUUGAGGCCGCUGCGUCUCUUCCAUCUGCAUUUGCAACAGCAUUGUAUUCAUUGUCGGAGCGGGCGAGGCUACAAAAGGGUCAAAGCGUGCUCAUCCACAAUGGUGCCUGCGCUGUGGGCCAGGCAGCGAUCAUGGUGGCUCAGCAUCUCCAAGCAGAUGUGUUUGUGACUGUCUCCAACAUCGAAGAGCAGUCUGUUGUCGAAAAAUAUAAUAUCCCGAGCGAUCGUAUCCUGAACGCUAGCGAUGCGGGCUUCGUGAAGGGAGUUAAGCGCCUUACAAAUGGUCAAGGGAUGGACGUGGUUGUGAACUCACUAACAGGCGAAGCACUUCGUCAAACUUGGCAUUGCGUUGCUUCAUUCGGUCACUUUAUCGAGGUUGGCCAAGAAGAUAUCCUCGGAAAUACGGGUCUGGACAUGGCACCGUUCAGCCAUAACAUCACGUUCGUUGGUGUAAAUAUGAUUGAGCUUUGCCGCAAGCGAGAAAAGCUUGCCGCUUCGCUCUUUGAUUCCGUUUGGCAACUGUUGAGUCAAGGACAUAUCAAACCGCUCCAUGCCGUUUCCACUUUCAAAUAUUCACAGAUGGAGGAUGCUUUCAACGCUGCCAGAUCUUCAUCCCAAUAUGGUAAGGUAGUUGUGACGGUUGAGGAAGACGAUGAAGUUAUGAUCAUGCCUCAGGCUGUCCAAGCUUUGAGCUUGAAUCCAGAUGCCAGUUACGUACUUGCCGGUGGUUCUGGUGGCAUCGGACCCUUCAUCUCGGCAUGGCUGGCCGAUCAUGGAGCAAAGAACAUCAUCGUUCUAUCCCGCUCAGGCAUCAAGAGUCCCGAGGCGACCGAGGUCUACAAUGCGCUUGGCGUUCGUGGAGUUUCAAUAGCAGAUAUACACUGCGAUAUUACUAACAGGUCUGAUGUGGCGGCAGCCGUGAAAGAGUGUCAGGAGAAGAUGCCUCCCAUCAAGGGCGUCAUAAUGGGAGCGGUAAUGUUAAAUGACUCCGUCUUUGACAAUAUGACAUAUGAAAAUUGGAGAAACUGCCUCGACCCGAAGGUACGAGGGACGUGGAACCUGCACAACGCGAUGCCGAAAGAUAUGGACUUUUUCGUAUGCCUAUCGUCCAUCGCAGGUUGCGUAGGCAAUCGCGGUCAGGGCAAUCAUGCUGCAGAGAGUACUUACCAAGGCGCCCUCAUGCAGCAUCGCCACAACCUAGGGUUGCCAGGGUGUAGUAUUGACAUAGGAACAAUUCUGGGGGUCGGUUGGAUCGCCGAGAACAUUGAAGCGGCUGCAAUGGCAUACCUGAGGUCAAUCCAGUAUCUCGGUAUGAGACUCGACGAGCUCUUGCUACUGAUCCAAGCGGCUAUCACAGGGUACACCACCGAAGGCUGCCAUACUCCCACAGUGCUUGCAGCAGGGCUGGGAACUGGAGGCUUGGUGUUGCAGAAUGACACUGAUCCCCCGUUCUGGUUCGACGAUGCUAAAUAUCGGCACCUCAGAAUCCUUGGUACGCAUCUAGAAAAUGCUGGUGGUGAUGAGGACGGAGGCUCUAUCCCGGUUUCCACCCAGCUGAAGGCUGUUACUUCAAUCGAGUCGGCCACUGACAUCGUCCUCACGGCGAUCACGAACAGACUGGCCAAGCAGUUACUCAUGCUGUCUGACGACUUGGACGCUUCAAAGUCCAUCGGCAGAUUGGGUGUGGACAGCUUGAUUGCUGUAGAGCUCCGGAACUGGAUGUUUAGAGAGCUUGGCUCUGAUGUGGGAAUGUUUGAGAUACUGGGAGAUGAACCGAUGUCCAAUAUCGCCGCCAAGAUUGCCGGAACCUCAAAGUUUUUGCCCAAGAGUUUGGUCGAGGCUGGGGAAGGCAAAGACACAGAGGAGGCCAAUACUUUUGAUGUUAAAGGCCCGAUUACUUCGAGCCACUUCCCAGAGCUCUCCUGA